CCGGUUCAAAAGAACGAGUCGGACGUCGCUAAACACCAGCAGCAGCCUCCAACAUCCACCGUCCACCAUCAUCUCCAGCAACCUAGAGCUCCACAGCAUCUCUCCUGUAAACAACGCGGAGAUAGGAGAUAAGAUGGCCACCUCCUCCACCUCCUCCAAUCUGGAAGAAGAUGAGAGUCUGAAGGGCUGCGAGGUUUUUGUGCAAAAACACAACAUCCAGCAGAUCCUGAAAGAGUGCAUUGUGAGUCUGUGCAUCGCCAAGCCCGAGCGUCCUAUGAAGUUCCUGCGGGAGCACUUCGAGAAGCUGGAGAAGGAAGAAUGCAAGCAGAUUUUGGCGCGGCAGAAGUCCAGCUCUCAGUCGGAUUCUCAUGAUGACGAGGUCUCCCCUCCACCUCCAAACCCUGUUGUCAAGGCCCGGCGCAGGAGGGGAGGGGUCAGUGCUGAGGUUUACACAGAGGAAGAUGCGGUCAGCUACGUCCGGAAGGUCAUCCCAAAGGACUACAAGACGAUGACAGCUUUGGCUAAGGCCAUCUCUAAGAAUGUGCUUUUUGCCCAUCUGGAUGACAACGAGAGGAGUGACAUAUUUGAUGCCAUGUUCCCUGUCACACACAUUGCUGGAGAAACAGUCAUUCAGCAAGGUGAUGAAGGGGACAACUUCUACGUCAUUGAUCAGGGGGAAGUGGAUGUGUAUGUGAAUGGAGAGUGGGUGACUGGUAUAGGGGAGGGGGGCAGUUUUGGAGAGUUGGCGCUGAUCUAUGGAACCCCCCGUGCUGCCACUGUUAAAGCCAAGACUGACCUGAAGCUGUGGGGAAUUGACCGGGACAGCUACCGCCGCAUACUCAUGGGAAGCACUCUGAGGAAGAGGAAGAUGUAUGAAGAGUUCCUGAGUAAAGUGUCCAUCCUCGAGUCUCUGGAGAAGUGGGAGAGGUUAACAGUGGCCGAUGCGUUGGAGCCGGUUCAGUUUGAGGACGGAGAGAAGAUCGUGGUGCAGGGAGAACCGGGAGACGACUUCUUCAUCAUCACAGAGGGUACAGCCUCUGUUCUGCAGCGUAGGUCUGACAAUGAAGAAUAUGUGGAGGUGGGUCGUCUCGGACCAUCUGAUUAUUUUGGUGAGAUAGCGCUGCUGCUGAACCGCCCACGUGCCGCCACCGUGGUGGCCCGAGGACCGCUAAAGUGCGUGAAGCUGGACCGGCCGCGAUUCGAGCGCGUCCUGGGACCCUGCUCCGAAAUCCUGAAGAGGAACAUCCAGAGAUACAACAGCUUCAUCUCCCUGACUGUCUGACCCUCAUGGCAGGAGGGCGAUGCUCACGGGGAGCCGGGGCGGGGGGCGGCGCCGGGCUGCAUGAAGCAGUUCGUGAUGAAUUACCUGAGCUUCACCUACAGAGUUUUCACUGUAUGUGCGUCGGGGGUGAAGCGGGGACUUUGUUCACGAGCUCUUUCAUGAAGCCUCACGUUGUUUUUCUUUUCUUUCGCGUGAGGUUGCGGGUGUUGUGGGGUGGAGUUACCAUGGGAGAUGAUUAUAUACGAGCUUUCUGCCUUUUCGUUUCACUUCUGCUUUUUUUUUUCGUUGACGUUGUUGUUAUUUUUGUGCGUUCUUCGCUUUUCUUGUGCACUUCGUGCCGUAGCUUUAUUUAUGAACUAUGAGAUCUAUGAAGAGGUGCGUUGGAGAUGAUUUCAUACAUGAGUUAGGUCUGUGUAUUUUACAGUGUGGUGCAUGCAAACCAGAGAUGCACACUUAUAGAUUGUAUUGAGGAUAUAGUACUGCACAAAAGCCAGAUACCACCCUUCAUUUCUUUUAUUUACAGGCAAAGAGUUUGUUUUUUACUAUCAAAAAAAAAUAGAGAAUAUAGAUUUAACGGAAAAUUAUACAGAUGCACUUUAUUACAACUUGCGUUGUUUUCAGGAGACUCACUUUCAGUUUUUCAAAGAAAUCUGCAGGGAUAUUUUUCAACACUUCCAAAGUUCAGUCUUAGAAGUUGCUUGUAUAGUCUCAUGAUUGUUCAGAGUGCACUGUUAGAAAUAAAGGUUCUGUGCAGGUACAUUUUUCGUUCAUCAAGGUACAAACGAUGUAAAUGUUCCCCCAAAGGUACA